AUGGAUGUAUCAUUUUCGCUGUGUGCCUCUUCUGCUCUCCAAGACUCUUCCUCAUUUUCGUUGCCUCAUCUGUCUGUUGGGCUUCCUUUGCCUUCUGUGACCAUGAAAUACUACUACCCAGGCUCACUCCCUAGGUACAGGCGGUACGCAAGAAACCUCAAGACUGUGCGUUUCCCCAAUGAUGUUGUUUUCCAGGACCACAUUCGACAAGGUGACUUGGAGCAAGUGGGACGUUUCAUCCGGGCCAGGAAAGUCUCCUUGGAUACCAUCUAUCCCUCUGGUAUGGCUGCCCUCCAUGAAGCUGUGCUUGCUGGGAACCUUGACUGUGUCAAGCUCUUGAUAAAAUAUGGUGCUGACAUCAAUCAGAAAGAUGAUGAUGGCUGGACACCUCUGCAUAUGGCCUGUAGCGACGGCUAUGCUGACAUUGCAAGGUACCUCAUCUCUCUUGGGGCCCAGUGUGAUGCCACCAAUAAUGAGGGAGAGAAGCCAUCUGACCUUAUUGACCCAGAAUACAAGGAUCUUGUGGAGCUCUUCAAAGCAGCCCAUGUAGACUAAGAUUGUAUCUCUUAACUCUUUUCCAUGUGAAGUCCAAUCUCCAUGGCAGGCAGCAAAAUCUGUUGCAUGAAGGGAAAAAAACUAGCAAAGUUGCCCCUAUGAACUUGGUAAGGGGGUGUAAAGUCUCCUAAAGGAGGCCGUACUAUAGCUGCAAUACAUAUAUAUGAGAUUGACUAUUUUGAGAUUUCUCAGAGAUAUGCUUGGGAUAGUCCGUCCAAAAAGAAAUGGAACAUUCUUUAUUGUGGUCCAUUGUCCAGUACAAUAGGUGGUAUAUACUGGCUCUGAUGGUGUGAUUGUGUAGGCAGUUCACAUAUAUGUUUGUGAUCUGGAUUGGACCGGACACCAAUUUCUGUAAUCAUGCAUCUUCCAAUUCUCAUUUUACAAUUACUAAUUUUGAACAGUGACCUCAGCAACAUUCAAGUUAUUUUCCUGAAGAAUCCUUGCAAAAUAAUCAUGAAAAUAUCUACCUUCAAACGGACAUCUUUAUGUACAUAUGGAUUAUUCUAAAACAUAGUGUAUAAAGUCCUAUUUUUAAUGUGUUGCCGAUUCUAGAUUUGCUUUUAUACUGUAUUUUUUAUGUGAUUCUGAAACAGCUUUUU